AGAAGAUCAUUUUUCUUAACUUUGUAUAAGCAUAUUCAUUCAAUCUAAUUCAUCAAAAAAAAAAAAAUCAAUCUAAGGCCAUGUUUGGUCAAUAAUAAUAAAACUCCAUCAAUUUCUCUUCACAAACCAAAUCACUCUCCAUGUUUUCCUUUCUCUUCUUCCGUCUUUCCAUUACUUUCCUUCUGCUUUCUCUUCUUCAUGUUCUUGCUUCUGCAAAUAAUACUACACAAGCAAUUUCUCUUCUAAAAUGGAAAAAUACGCUCGAUUCUUCAACCCGAUCCGCCUUGUCUUCUUGGGUUGGUGACAGCCCCUGUAAUUCUUCUUGGACUGGUAUUUCUUGCGACGACUCUGGAUCCGUCGCUAAUAUAACUCUGCCAAGUUAUGGUCUGAAAGGUACUCUUCAGAAUCUCACCUUCAUUUCAUUUCCCCGUCUGAGGUUUCUUAACCUCACCAACAACUCUAUCCAUGGCGGAUUUCCUUCUCAAAUCGGCGAUCUUUUAAAACUCGACACGCUUGACUUGUCGAAUAAUGAAAUCUCAGAUUCGAUUCCUCAAGAAAUCGGAAAGUUAAGCUCUGCUACUUACAUUGAUUUAUCAAACAAUCGUCUAUCCGGUGUAAUUCCCAAUUCUAUCGGAAACUUGACAGAGCUUUCGGUUCUUUAUCUUGGUCAGAAUCAACUUUCCGGUUCAAUACCUGAAGAUAUCGGAAUGUUAAAGUCGCUCACUGAUUUUCAGUUAUCAUCUAAUUUUCUGACCGGCUCAAUUCCACCUUCUAUAGGGAACUUGUCAAACCUGUCAAUUCUUUAUCUUGACGACAACAAACUCUCCGGUUUCAUACCUCAAGAAAUCGGAAAAUUGAGAUCCUUAAGUGAACUCGCGUUGUUAAACAAUAAUCUGACCGGUUCAAUUCCGUCUUCCAUAGGAAACCUGACGAACCUCGAGAUGCUUAUUCUUUUCAACAACUCACUCUCUGGUUCCAUACCUCAAGAAAUUGGAAAAUUGAAAUCUCUCACUCACCUUGUAUUAUCAUUCAAUUUUUUCACAGGUUCAGUCCCGGCUUCCAUAGGGAGCCUGACAAAUCUAUCAGAACUCUAUUUCGGUAGCAAUAAACUUACUGGAAUACUUCCUUUAGAGCUUAAUAGUCUUACUCAUUUAAAAGCUUUUGAUGCAUUUUCUAAUAAAAUAAGCGGCCGUUUACCUGAAAACGUCUGCCUCGGCGGAAUACUGGUGUAUUUUUCUGUUCAAGACAGUAAUUUCAGCGGUUCAGUACCGAGAACAUUGAAAAAUUGCAGCAGCUUAUGGAGGAUGCAGCUUCAGAAAAAUCAACUCACCGGGAAUAUAUCUGAAGAUUUCGGCGUGUACCCGCUUUUGACCUAUAUGGAUAUCAGUGAUAAUAAAUUUUACGGUGAGCUUUCUUGGAAAUUUGAAGAGUUUCAUAAUUUGUCAACCUUCAGAAUCUCAAACAAUAAUAUAUCUGGUCGAAUUCCAACUCAACUCGUCGAGGCAACCCAAUUGCAGUUACUUGAUCUUUCAUCAAAUCAGUUAGUAGGAGAGAUUCCGAAGGAAUUUGCGAAGUUGAAGCUGAUAAAACUAUCUAUAUAUUAUAUAAUUGAGAGGAUCAACGGAGGCCUCUCAUUGAUUUCUAUACAAACCUCAUUCCAUCUUCAAGCAAAAAUCAGCAAACAAUUCAAGCCCAAAUCAGCUAAAAAAACCAAGGUCAAAUUCUCUGCACUGCAUGUCACUAUAUUCAUAAGAUUGCAAUCUGCAAAAGAGACUUCUGCCGCAACAUUAUUUACAUAUUCAGUACAUGUUUGUUGUGUUUGUCCAUAUGACAAGGAAAUUAUUCAGGAACCACGGGAUUUUACUGUUCGAGCAAAAAUCGAAAAGAUUCAAAGUGAAUUUGGGUGGUUCUACAUUGCUUGCAACAGGUGUCAAUCUAAAUUAAAGAAGGAAGAAAUUACAUUUACAUGCGACAAUUGCGAUAAAAAAUUGCAUUUACCCAUCAUGAGAUACAAAAUACAAGUGGAAGUCAAUGAUAAUACAACGACAACAACGUUUUGUGAUAAGAAUAUUUUUGGAGGAGCAAGAAAACCAAAAAUAAAAAUCACAACAGCAAACAGUUCAGCAGUUCAUAUUUUUCAAACUUUCAUCAACGAAACAAAACAGAAUAUCAAGAAGGAAAAGGAAACAAUCUCAACGGAAACAGACAAAGAAUCAAAUUCAGAGACUCAAAGUGAAGAAAAUUUAGAAAAUGAUUUCGAAAGUGAUGAGGACAAAGCUGGCAAAGAAAUAAAUGGAGCUUUUCUGAAUAAUAACAAUCUUUCAGGUGUUAUUCCUACAGAGAUAGGAUCGCUGUCUGAACUUGCGAAUCUUAACUUGGGAGCUAACAAGCUAAGUGGCGCAAUUCCGAAGCAAAUUGGAGAGAACUCAAAAUUGUUAUUCUUGAAUUUCAGCAAGAAUGAGUUUACGGAUAGUAUUCCUUCAGAGUUGAGUAAUUUAUUGACUCUUGAAAGUCUUGACCUCAGCCGGAAUUAUUUGGCGAAAGAAAUACCGUCGCAAUUGGCCAAGUUGAGGAGUCUGGAGACAUUGAAUCUCUCUUAUAAUUCUCUCUCGGGUGAAAUUCCGGCGAGUUUCGAUAAUUUGUUGAGCUUGACGGUGGUGAAUCUUUCAUACAAUGAGUUAGAGGGAGAAAUUCCCAACAUUAAAGCUUUUCAAGAAGCUUCAUUUGAUGCACUCAGAGGAAACAGAGGAUUGUGCGGUAAUAACAGUAAAUUGCAAGCUUGUUUUUCUCUUACCGGAAACAAAUUCACCGGGAAAAAGAACAAUAAGGUAUUGAAUAUUGUUUUACCAGUCUUGGGCGGUCUACUUUUAUUAUUUGUUUUAGUCGGAAUCGGAGGUUUCUUGAUCCUCAAGAAAAGAACGAGAAACAAAAAUGAUCAGAAAGAAGAAGAGUUAAAUUAUGAUGCAAUAUGGAGUCCUUACGACGAAAAUAUAAAGUACAAACAAAUUUCUGAAGCGACAGAGGGAUUCAACUCGAAGUAUUGCAUUGGCAUUGGAGGAUACGGAGCUGUCUACAAAGCAGCGCUGGAGACAGGGCGGGUGUUUGCUGUAAAGAAACUUCAUCAGUCGCAUAAUGGCGAAGAAAUAGCGGAUCUGAAAGCUUUCAGAAGCGAGAUUUCUAUAUUAACAAACAUUCGUCAUCGGAAUAUUGUGAAGUUACAUGGAUUCUGUUGGCAUGCCAAAUGCUCGUUUUUGAUUUAUGAGUACAUAGAAAGAGGAAGUCUGAGGAAGGUAUUGAGUGACGGAGAGGAAGCAAUGGAGUUUGAUUGGAGUAAGAGGCUAAAUGUUGUAAAAGGAAUAGCUAAUGCGGUGUCGUAUAUGCAUAACGAUUGCUCUCCUCCGAUUGUUCAUCGAGAUAUUUCUAGCAAUAAUGUUCUGUUGGAUUUAGAAUUUGAAGCACGAGUGUCAGAUUUUGGAACAGCUCGAUUGUUGAUGCCGGACUCGUCGAAUUGGACUUCAUUUGCAGGGACAUUUGGGUACACAGCUCCAGAGUUAGCAUACACGAUGAUAGUCAGCGAAAAAUGCGACGUAUACAGCUUUGGCGUGGUGGCGCUAGAGAUACUACUGGGAAUGCACCCGGGUGAUCUCAUUUCAUCACUUGCAUCGGCUCCGCUAAAUGAACAACGAACACUGCUGAAGAACGUGAUUGACCAACGCUUGCCGACGCCUCAAGACGGAGUUGGUGAAGGACUAAUCCAUGUUGUAAUGCUCGCAUUUGCUUGUCUCAAUUCCAAUCCCCAAUCUCGUCCAACUAUGAGUCAAGUUUCUUCAUUCUUAGCAGCGAAAUGGAAACCAUCGACAGAACCAUUUUCAUCGAUAAGAUUGGCAGAUGUUUUGAUGUGUGGAAAUCUUUUAAGUAGCCAAAUCGAUCCUUGAAAGAAUUGUUGUCAUGUAUUGAAAUUUAUUAGUCUUAUUCCGCCUUGUAUCAUUAACCAUAUGCUUCGUGUGGCUUUAAAUAAAAUAGGACCCUAGACCGAUUGAAAAAUGUAAAAUUACUGUAUAUAUUUUCUUUAUUGACAUCAA